AUGAGCACCGUCAAUUUGGACGAUUACGUGGUUCCCGGGACGACCAGGACAUACUAUAUUCCUGAGUUUGUCACAGAAGAUGAAGAGGAGUAUCUCACUCGCAAGAUCAACGAAGCGCCUCAACCGUGGUGGAAGAGAUUACAAAACCGCAGAUUGCAGAUAUGGGGAGGCGAGCUGACGGGGAAACAUGCAUUGAUCCCUCAGGAUAUGCCUCCGUUCGCCAACCAAUAUCCAGACAUCGUCGGGCGCAUACGAGCCCUUGGCGUUUUCAAAGAUUCUGCCCACGGAGAACCAAAUCACAUCAUAAUGAAUGAAUAUGCACCAGGUCAAGGAAUCAUGCCACACGAAGACGGCCCAGCCUAUCACCCUGUCGUCGCCACGCUCUCCCUCGGAUCUCACACCGUCUUCCACUACUACCGCUACAAGCCCGACACGGACGCCUCCCCCGUCCAGAUAUCCGCGCCCGACGAGCUGAUCUCGAGCACGGGCCGCCCGAUCGACCCGAAUCCCGUCCUUUCGCUUCUCCUCGAGCCACGCAGCCUCGUCAUCACUACGUCGGAUCUGUACGGCUCGCACUUGCAUGGGAUCGAGGGCCGCGUCGAGGACAAGUUCGAGGAAGACGGGCGUCCGCCGCAGGAGCGCAUCGCGAACUACGAUCUGCUGAGGGGCAAGGAGGCGAGGGAGGCGAUCGCGAACGGGAGCAUGCUUGAGCGGGGGAUGAGGUACAGCUUGACGUGUCGGGACGUCGAGAAGAUCGCCGCGAUGGGCGGGGCGCUGUUCAAGAAGCUCCGAGGGACCGCCUAG